UCCGCCCUGGCGGGCCCUGAUUGGCCGAAAGCGGAAACACCAAGCUAGGUUGCCUAGCGAUCGCCGAGGAAGCUGAUGUGUUAGUCCUUGUUUGCAGCCGAGGAUCAGGAAGUAAAGUUGGUGCUUCGUCGGCGCCAAAGAAGUUUCUCACCCCGAAGGAGCGGAGGGUGAACAGGUGUCCUGAGCCAAGGGGAGCCCGACGCCGUCCGGGCCCCGCAUCUCGAGGAGCCGCCGAGACGCCAGGUAAGAAUGUCAUCUUUGACUCACCGAGGCCGGCGGCGAACUGAGGGUGGCAAGAAUUCUGAAAAGAAGUUGGAAGGUGAGGAAGACUCCAGCCAAGAGAGAGGUCUGGAUAAUGAUGACUCCGGGGACUCGAAGGAUAUUCGCCUCAACCUUAUGGAAGAGGUGUUGCUCCUGGGCCUGAAGGAUAAGGAGGGUUAUACGUCCUUCUGGAAUGACUGCAUUUCUUCUGGGCUUCGAGGAGGCAUCCUGAUAGAGUUGGCCAUGCGAGGCCGGAUCCAUCUGGAGCCCCCGACCAUACGGAAGAAGAGGCUGCUUGACAGAAAGGUGUUGCUAAAGUCAGAUAGUCCAACUGGCGAUGUCUUACUGGAUGAAACACUCAAGCACAUCAAGGCCACAGAACCAGCAGAAACGGUUCAAACAUGGAUAGAGCUGCUCACUGGUGAAACAUGGAAUCCCUUCAAGCUGCAGUACCAGCUGAAGAAUGUGCGAGAACGGAUUGCCAAAAAUCUGGUGGAGAAGGGUAUCCUGACCACUGAGAAGCAGAACUUCCUGCUCUUUGACAUGACCACCCACCCCGUGACCAACACAACAGAGAAACAGCGGCUGGUCAGAAAGCUUCAGGAGAGCGUUCUGGAGCGAUGGGUGAAUGACCCCCAGCGAAUGGACCGCAGAACCCUGGCGCUCCUGGUGCUGGCGCAUUCCUCAGAUGUGCUAGAAAGCGUCUUCUCCACCCUGGCGGAUGACAGAUACGACAUAGCCAUGAAUCGAGCCAAGGACCUGGUAGAGCUUGACCCAGAGGUGGAGGGAACAAAGCACAGUGCCACGGAGAUGAUCUGGGCCGUGCUGGCAGCCUUCAAUAAAUCCUAACGCCGGCAGGCAGCUUCCUCCUUGCCCUGGCGGCGGCUGCUGACCACCAGAAGCCACGUGGCUCCGUUCGUGGGGGGAGGCAUGUUUGUUUUGGAGUUGCUUGAUUUUCAUCUGUUUGCUCCUUCUCUUGGACCAGAUUCUUGGUGAGCAAGGGAGCGACCUCAGGGCAUCGCCACAGGCCUUGACAUGGUAAAUGAAGACUUGCCUCUUUUCCCAGCACUUCUUACCCUGCGGAGGAGAGCUUGGGGCUCAGCACCCUGCUCUCCUUUUUUGGCUCGCCCCCAUGACUUGGGCAGAUGUGACCAGGGUGGGGUCUGGAAGCUUCGGCCACAGCGUCAGGCAGAAAUAGCCAAGCAAGCUCUUCAUUUUUCUAAAAAAUUUGUCCCAUCUCAAAUAUAGAGCUCACUCAAGUCCUUUGCGUCUCGGACUCUCUCAGUGUGCUGUAGUUUAUUAAAGUAGCAUCCUCCUUGGGUGAAGGGCAGAAAUCGAAACCAGCUUUUGAAGCACUUGAGAUGUGGUGUUUGUAUAUCCCUGUCAUGCCAACGUUCCUCCCCCCUCCCCAUCUUUCCAUUUCCAGCUUAAAGCAUGUCUAAACCCUGUCAGCCUGGUCAUACAUAAAUAUUUAGAGAUGAGAGAUAAAUUUUCAGACUCCCUCCUCUUCCACCCUUCCCCCAGUCAGAAAACCAAUUGAAAAAUUUGUCUCUUAACCACCUUCUCUAUGCAUUGCAGCAUUGGAAGCUGUGAUAGGGAAGGAACAAAAUUCGUACAGCGUACCACAAGAUUAUUUUGGUUUCCUCCUCCCUCCUCCUGUGCCCUCCAGUCCCUUUCAUAUAUUUAUUUUGGCUUCAGCCAGUGAAGCUAGAACCGAAAUUGCUCUUGGAAUACAGCCUCUUGAGUUCAGAGUAAGUGUCUAAGCUCUAGGUCUUCAUUUGCUCCAUCAGGCUUUCUGACCAGAGGUGGGGAGUCCCUAAAAACUCCAUUUCUUUGUUAGGGUUAUAGGGUAGCUUUGUAAUGGCCAGCCCCCUCCAGAUCACUCAUCUUCAAACCUCCUCCACUUAAUUUGUAACAGAAAGGUCUCCUGUUUUCACCUCUAUAGAAGAGGCAGGAAGAACCUUUAUUGAGGGCUCCUCUUGGGGAUUAUGUAUCUUAAGAAAGGAAAUUUGGUAUUUGAAAUGCAGGUCCCAGGAAUGAGUUUAGCUAAGGUUAGAAAUUGAGCCAUCCCUGCACAGCCCUGCAUACCCCUCCACCCCCACCCCACCCCCAAUAAGCACUGCCUCUUGACUAUGGCUAAAACAUAGUCUGUCAAUGUCCAGGCCUCCUGGUAGUUCUGGAAUGGACCUCUCCAGAGGGUUGUCACGCAUGUUCAAAAGUAAUUGAAUGUUUCAACAUAAUCUCCUUCCUUCUCCCUAACUUGGCCACAGUGACCACAAAUAUUACCAAAUUAACAUGUCUUAGUUUUCCCUUAAUGACCUUUUGGUGGCUACAAGCAAAUUACUGGUGAUAAUUAUGAAACUAGGCUGAAUUCCAAAUUUGCUUUUCUUGAGAUAGAAGCCAAGUUCCUCACAACCUCCUUGGCUUUGCUUUACUUGCAGUUUGAACAAUUCAUAUGCAUGAAAAAACCAAGUUGUCCUGUGGAAAGCAUCAGUUUAAACGGUGCUGGAGGUCACGUGAGUGAGGUUCUUUUCAGUCCUCGGUUAGUCAUUAUUUUUAAUACUUCUCUCUUGAAAAGACAGGGAGAGGCCAGGCAUAAAUCUGCAUUGUGUAUACUGCCAGACAGCUUCCCUCUACUUGCAUAUGGCCAUCAUCUUUGUUCAAUAAAGUUUGUAUUCUUGGCUC